AUGGCACAACCCCCGAAGCCUCAGGUUCAGCCAUGUCGCUAUAAGACCGGCAAGACACUCGGCGCUGGCUCAUACUCUGUUGUUAAAGAAUGCGUCCAUAUCGACACCGGUCGUUAUUAUGCUGCGAAAGUGAUCAAUAAGCGCCUGAUGGCUGGGCGCGAGCACAUGGUCCGGAAUGAGAUCGCUGUACUGAAGAGAGUAUCCAUGGGCCACCAGAACAUCCUCACGCUGGUAGACUACUUUGAAACCAUGAACAACUUGUACUUGGUCACUGAUCUCGCCUUGGGUGGAGAGCUCUUCGACCGCAUCUGCCGGAAAGGCAGCUAUUACGAGACUGAUGCCGCAAGCCUAAUCCGGGCCGUCCUGUCGGCCGUGGCUUACUUGCAUGACCAUGGAAUUGUACACCGAGAUCUUAAGCCUGAGAAUCUCCUGUUUCGUACCCCAGAAGAUAAUGCCGAUCUCCUUCUUGCCGACUUUGGCUUGUCCAGAAUUAUGGAUGAGGAGCAGUUUCAUGUGUUGACAACCACAUGUGGAACACCGGGAUACAUGGCACCAGAAAUCUUCAAGAAGAGCGGACAUGGCAAGCCAGUCGAUAUUUGGGCCAUCGGUGUCAUCACCUACUUCCUCUUAUGCGGUUACACACCCUUCGACCGAGACUCCAACUUAGAGGAAAUGCAAGCCAUCCUAGCAGCGGACUACGCUUUCACUCCACUUGAAUACUGGCGCGGCGUUUCUCAAGAAGCCCGCAACUUCAUCAACCGAUGCCUGACCAUCGACCCUAAAAAGCGCAUGACAGCCCACGAAGCCCUGCAACACGUUUGGAUCAACCCGCCAUACGAUGACGCGCGGACCGGCUCCGGCGAGGACUUGUUGCCGACUGUGAAGAAGAAUUUCAAUGCACGCCGCACGCUGCAUCGGGCUAUCGACACCGUGCGCGCGAUUAACAAGCUGCGCGAGGGUGGUGGGUUCAUGAUGGAUGGAGUGAUGAGUAUUGAUCCGAAGCCUGAGCGUGUGAACGGAGCAGAGAUUGUAGACGAGGGCCAUGCUGCUCCUGCACAGCAUGAUGAAGGCAGUGCUAUGCAGAUUGAUAGUCGGGGCAAUGCGCGUGGCCAAUCUGAGAUACAGAUUCGGGAGCAGGAACGUAGACUCAAGGAGACCAUGGCUGGAUUAUGGACUCGAAACCAUGGGAAAUGA